UCUUUUCGAACCCCGCUGGCACAAGGCCUCGUUUUGGAGGAGACAUAUAUAGUUUUGCCGUUGUCGGCGGAAGAAUACCUUAGCUCCUGCGCAAGUCGCACCUUCAGGCUCUUUCUCGAAGUCUACUUGUUCUGAAGAGGCAAGGGACAAUGCCUUCGACGUCGUCCUCCUCCCCGCCGGCGACGUCGACUCCCGCCAGCACCGUUUCAGAUUCGUCGGCGCACAAUCCACAGGAAGAGCCACCGUCAGAUGGCUCCAAGCUGAAGACCUUUGUCUCCAUUCUGAGAAAGUUCAUCGGUGUCGCCGAUCUCGCUUCAGUCCGCUUCUCCUUGCCCUCGCAACUCCUCGAGCCGACUCCGAACCUCGAAUAUUGGAACUACCUCGAUUCCCCCAAUGCCUUUGUUGCUAUCGGGACAGCGGAUGAGCCUGUGGACCGCAUGCUGGAAGUUUUGCGCUUCUGGUUUACGAAGGAUCUGAAAUACGCCAAGGGGAAGCCGUGCAAGCCAUACAAUUCAUGCCUGGGAGAGUUCUUUAGGUGUAACUUCGAAACCGACAAUGAUGCCCCCAAGAUCAACACACGGGCGCUCCAAACUUCGUCGGGGAGCGGGAGCAGCGCCUCGAGUACAAAGUCUGGCCGUGGUUCAGUCCCGAGGGGCCUUGGAUCGAACGACUCGAAUGCCGCCUCGACCGUCUCCGUGCCGCAAACCGUCUCGAACCCCUCUAAACCGGUCCGCGUCUCGUAUCUUACCGAGCAAACAUCUCACCACCCGCCGGUCAGCGCAUUUUACAUCAGCUGCCCCGAAAGGGGGCUCCAUGCGAGGGGCUUUGACCAGAUCACGGCUAAGUUCACGGGAACAUCGAUCAAGGUGAUGCCUGGGGAGCACAACCUGGGAAUCUUCAUCACUGUUGAGAAACGGGACCACGAGACGUACCAGCUCACGCACCCGGCGGCCCAUGUUGGCGGCAUAUUCCGCGGCGCCCUGAGCGUUACCGUCGGAGACAUGGCUUACAUCACCUGCCCCCAGACGAAACUCAAGGCGAUCCUGCACUACUAUGACGAGGGUUGGCUGGGCCGGUCUACGAACAAGGUCGAGGGCAUCAUCUUCCGGUACGAUCCCGAGAACGACGACAAGCAGCGCAUCAGGGACGUCCCCGAGGAGGAUAUAGUUGUGCGGCUUGGCGGUGCGUGGAGGGACAAGAUCUUGUUUACGUUGGGUCCUAAGCCAGUGGAUUCCCACCCUCCCGAGAAGCAAACCACAAUAAUCGACGUUGGGCCCCUCUCGGUGGCGCCGAAGGUGAUCCCUCCCGAGGAGCAGCAGCUGGAGAACGAGUCCCUCCGCCUCUGGGGCGGCGUGACCAAGGCGAUCCACGCGAAACAGUUCUCCAAGGCCACGACGCUCAAGCAGGAGCUCGAGGAGGCCCAGCGGGAGAAGGCGCGCAACCGGGAGCGGGCCGGCGAGGCCUGGAAGCCCACCUUCUUCGCAAAGGUCACCGACGAAGGCGGCAAGCCCGAGCUGACGGAGAAGGGCCGCGAGGUGCUCGGGCGGGCGCAGAAGGGCGACUGGGAUCUCGCCGGGGUGUUGCCUGGACAUGUGGGGGAAGUGGGCCCUGCGACGGAUGGAGAGGUGACAAGAGAAAUAUGAUGAAGCCGACCCGUUUGCUCCUAGAUCUACCUUGUGCCGUACUUUCAGCGGAGUUGACUUUCCUUCCGGGGAAUUGCAUUGUCUGAGUGGGCGUGUCGUUGCGGAGUGAGGGGUGGACUUGGAUGGAUGGAUAGAUUUUCGUUGUUC